CCUGCCCUUAGUCAAAUCUCUCUCUCUCUCUCACACACACACACACACACACACACACACACACAUAACCCAGUCAACCAGACAUUUCUACAAUUCAUAUUGCAUGAAACAUUUCUCAUAGCUUCAUUUGCAAAGUAACAAAGACGUUACAAGCCAGUCUUGGUUGAAGUAACCAUGAGUUCUGAUAACCAUGGAACCAAAAUCAGUGACGGUACUAUUGAGGCCAUGUUCGGAGUCAUAUUUGUCUUCAUCGGCGCUGUAGUUCUCUUCACCAUGAUCCGAAUCUACUCCAUGUAUUGCCUUAAAAACCAACAAAGAAGGCGCCGAACCACCAUUAAUGGAGUUGCACCACCACCAACAGACCUGCACUCAGCCGAGCAACCCAGAACAGGCCUCGAUCAAUCCACCAUAGAUUUGAUACCCAAGUUUGUUUACAAAGCAAACCACCACCGGUUGAGUCAAGGCGAGGACGACAGAGAGUGCUCAGUGUGCUUAAGCAACAUAAUUGAAGAAGCCAUAGUUAGGCUUCUACCAAACUGUAAGCACUUGUUUCAUGAAGAUUGUAUUGAUGUGUGGUUGAGAUCUCACAUGACUUGCCCAGUUUGUCGUGCCAUGGUGGAUCCUGGGGCUCAGGCAGAGAACGAUGAGUUGCGCGUAGCGACGGAGCCCACAGCUCAGGCGGAGAACGAUGAGUUGAGAGUAGCGAUGGAACCCACAGCUCCGCCUCCGGAGGAAAGUACGGCAGAUGGAUUAGGAGGGUCAAUUUUGGCAUUAAGCUCUUUUCGGAGGAUGCUUAGCCGGGAGAGAUCGUCGACGAGUUUUCAUAGUUGUGGAGAAGCAGUUGGUGCUGAAGAUAUAGAAAGGCACUGACUAUUAUGGGUACAAUCAUAUAUGAUCACACUUUCAUACGCCAAUAUUGUAUUGAUAAUAGACACACAGGGCAUGUUUGGUUGGGUGGAUUAGAGGAUGAGAUUGAAAUUAUUAAUCCGUGGACUCAAUUAUUCUAUAUUUGUUUUAAUAUUUUAGUUUAGGAUUAUUAAUCCAACAAAUUUGUAGGAUUAUUAAUAAUGAGAUAGAGUGUGAUUAUUAAUCCAAUGGAUAUUAAUCCAAUUGGAUAGUGAAUACCAUACUAAUUUAAGGUCAUAUUUAAUUCACAAAACUAAUAGUGAAGUAUUAAUAAUCCUAUUAAAUUUGUUUUAUUAAUACUUCAGUAUUAGUUUUGUGAAUCAAACAUGACCAUAAUGUAUCACUAUUACAUUUAUAACAAAUAUGAGUGAAGUAUAUCAUCACUGUAUUGAUAACAUACAUGAGUAAUCAGAUACAUUUCUUGAUUACUGACUUCUGUUGGAUUGAUAUCUUCGUUUCUUUUGAAAGGAAGAGAAAUGAAAAACUGAGAAGAACACAAAUACAUUCUAAACAAAUAAAGAACCCAUCAACAACAUUCAAAUGACAAUUUUCCAACAUAAAGAUCUCAAAGUUGCAACAACUAAAUAUAUAUGGACAAGAGUUUUACAAAGGCAUAUGCCAUUUGGGGCAAUGCGGGUUGUUCCCUUCUUCCAUUGUGUUUUGAAAAAAACAAAAAA